AAUCGCCCACAAGCCGGAACUGUUACCCUACCAGACUGACAACAUUCCUCCUAAACACGCUGAAAAUAUUCAACAACCCAUUGAAAUAUACGAUAUGUUUCACCGUCGUACUUUUCUUCUUCUCUUCAUUUGUUGACGAGUCGUCUGACGGUGGCUGGGAUUCCUCUUUUGGUGUUUCUGUCGGGGACUCUGCAUUGUCAGACAUCUUCAGAUGACUGCUCUUAACGCUAUUUGUUCCCACCCACCUAAGCUAGUUGGGCGAGUAGGAACAAAGAUAGGCUGCUAUUGGCUUAGCGGAACGUCAAUCUCUUAAACACAUAUUCCAUUGGUCAAUAACCUACUGGACAACUACAGCGUUAGGUAAGGAAAUGCAGCUAAACUUGUAUUCUUCACAACACACAGAUUUUAUUGGCUUUUGCAAUGACAACUUAUACUGUUUAUGCAAAUUUUGCUUAGAAGUUAGUGCUCUGUGUGCAAAAUUGGUAAAAGGUGACAUUUCUAUUUUUUUACAGUCACGCGGGAGGCGUUCCACAGAAAGUAAUUGUUUAACUGGGCAGGUGAACUUUCCACGCUGUAGUUGUACCUGUCACCUUGUCUUCACCCUCUCGACCGGACACUGCAGGCGCUGACAGUAAGUUCAUGCUUUCAUAAUUAAAUUAUCCAAUAAUCUGCAUGAUUUUCGACCUCCUCUGUUGUGCUCAGUCACGAUCACAACACAUAAAAGUCUCCGCAGGAGUCCUUUCAGCUUGUGAGCGACUCCAUCAUGAAGCUUCUGAUAUAUAAACACUUUACCGUCUGUUUAGUGAAUGUAUUUUAACAUGACUGUCUCAUUUUUCGUUGUGAUCUUGCUCAUGCAGUGGCAAGCCUCGGCAGGCUCAGCUCGAAGGAUGCAGUGCUCCUCCUGUGUGACAUGCAGGAGAAGUUCAGACCAAACAUCUUCCAGUUCAACAAUAUUGUCAGCAACGCAGCCAGACUGCUCCAGGUUACAGAUCCUCAAUAACACACAGAUUAUCUGAGAGGGAUAUUCCAGGGUCAAACACACUGUAACACCGAGUUAGACAUCCCCUCGAGGGAUGAAUGUUGCCGGCCGCUCGCUUCUCGAGUUAUACCAACUAUAGUAACGACCGCAGAUAGCAAUACACAGUGGUGUGGGGUGACGCAGCCCAAGGAAGAACAUUUAUGAUCAUUUCUUCAUGGAAAUGCAAUCAGACUGAGACGCUAAGGCAGAAGAACUACUGUGUCUGCAGUGCAAAAUGAUUAAUAUGGUGAUUAUUACUUCAAGGAAAUGAUAAAUUAAUGAUCAUAAAUGUUCUUCCUUGAGCUGUGUCGCCCCACAGCAGUCCAUAAUGGACUGGCCUGAGGUCUCGCUACGAACAAGCAGCUGCUGGAGGAGAGUGGGUGAGCUGUGGCAAAGUUAAAAAGAUGUUUUGGUGACUGGUGCUGUGGCUGGGACCCUAUUUGUACUGUUGAUGAAGUUAGGUGCUGUUCUGAGCAUUAUUUGUGGCUAUAGAGUGGCGUUUUGGUUGAGGUUUGUGUGUGGUUCCAUAGACCACUGUGUAUUGCUAUCCUGCAGUUAUUACAUAAGCUGGUAUAACUAGAGAAGCAAGCAGUCAGCAACAUUCAUCUCUCGACAGGUGUCUAACUAGGGUUUACGGUGUGUUUGACCCUUACUUACUUUUAAAUCAGCCUUUGUAAUUGUUUAGUAUAAACAUUUGAAUGAUCUGGUCAAACCUGCCUGCUCUCAUUCUUCUCUCAGGCCAGUCGAGUCCUGGGCAUCCCCCCAAUUGUAACAGAACAGUACCCUAAAGGUUUGGGACCCACAGUACCAGAGCUGGGAGCAGCAGAUCUGAAGACUUAUGCUAAAACUUCUUUCACCAUGAUGAUAGACGAGGUCAGUAAGGAGCUGGAGGCCCUGGGGAACCCCAAACAAGCUAUUCUGUGUGGAAUAGAGGCACAUGCCUGUAUCGCAGUAAGUCCACAACACUGAUGAUGCUGUAUUGAAUAAUGAAAUAUUAGCAAAAGCAGAAAUAUUUAUUUGUAUAAUAUUCAAGUAAGAUGGAAUAUAGAGAUUGAAGUUGUUCCAAACACUGAGAGUGAGUUCGUUGAUAUAACAGAGUUUUCUCUGAUUUAUUGCUUCUCCACAGUGCACAGCUUUUGACCUGCUUGAAAAAGGGAUGGAGGUUCAUAUUGUAGCUGAUGCUGUCUCUGCCAGAAGGUAUCCCAACAUUAAGGCAUUGUUCUCACCUGUAUUCAUUCAAUAUUUGUUUUUGUGUGCCUGGAAAGAGUUUUCAUGUGUGUUUCAAUUUCUGCAUCCUCCUCCACAGUCAGACGGAUCGUCUGUUUGCUCUCUCUCGACUGAAGCAGAGCGGGGCUUUCCUCACCACUACAGAGGCUGUUCUGCUGCAGCUGGUUCAAGAUGCUAAACAUCCAAAGUUCAAGGAGGUGCUUACUACAGCUGCACUGUCAAAUUGCUUUGCUUCUUUUAUCACCCCCCAAAAAAGUUGUUUUGUCAUUUCCUGAGAGUGCUCCCAAAAAUAGUGCAGCAAAAAGAUAGCUUUUUUUGUACUUUUUUAAAACUCUUAGUUUGUCUUAGUUUAUUUAAAUACAUAUUUAGUUUUUUUAAGUGGGGUUAGAUGCGGUACUUGUCAAUAGUAAGUGUAUUACACAUAGCUGGUGCCACCCAGCUCAGUUUAUUUGUUGAAAAACAGGUCAGAGAACCAACACUGAGACAACGCCAUCAACCUCUGCAUACAAGAUCAACUCUACCAUGUAAUUUAGCUGAUUCUAAGUCUGACCUGAAGAUGAAUGUCUGUGUAGGUACUGGCUCUGUUUUCAGUUUGACCAGUGCAGACAAUUUUCUAGAAAUAGAGAGUGCGCUCUCACCAAAAUCAGUGUUGAUUGCAGUGUCUUAAAAUUAGCUAAAUUAUAUGGUGGAACUGACCCUGUCUGCACCUCCAGUCACUUUUUCAGCACUUAAAUACAUCCGGUUCAGCCGUUUAUUGCUCCUCUAGCCCAAGUUAUUUAGCAUCUGUCUCUUAUUCUGUGUUUUAUAUUGUGUUUAUACCUUUGCAUUUAUGAACAAGGCUGUACUUCGGUACCGAACUGGCUACUAACAUUUGUUUUUUAAUUUGUCUGAUAGAUCCAGAAGCUCAUGCUCCACCCAUCUCCUGACACCGGCCUCCUCGCCUUCUUCAGCUCCAUGUAGAAAACAGUCUGUUCCUCAGAUGCUGUACAGAAUAUCUUUGUUUCUCUGCUGCCUUCAGGCGCUUUAUUGAAGUGCUUCAAUAAAAGGAUGAUGCUCCUUUAAA